AUGGCGUACCGUGGCAAUUACUUCAGCGGGGAGCUGAUUCCCGUGACAGUGGGAUCUGCUAGGGGGGAAGAGCUUCGUCUCUCGGUUCCGAGAGGGACAACAGUUGGGGAAAUGCGCAAUUUUCUCAUUCAAGAAUAUGACUACCCAUCAAAGAUGCAUCUUAUGUACGAAUCAACAAUUGUCCCUGAUGACCACCGCACAGAAGAUUAUCCAGACGGGUCGCUUAUCAUUAUGCUACCUGUAGAUCUAGGGCAGGGUUCCGACGGAAUGCAGCCGCAAGCACCAUGGCCUUCGUACAGAGGAUUACAAUGGCAAGAGCAGCCAUAUGCAUCCCAGUGGUCUCAGCCUAACCACCGUAACCAGCAGACCCAGCAACGGCGCCAACAAGAGCAGCAUCCAUGCAUCCAAACAGACCAGACUCCACAGAUUCGACAUCAGCAGCAACAACAACAACAUGCACGGCAACAUGAGCAGCCUUCAUACGGCCAAGCACCUCAAACUGCGCAUAUGCGGUACCUCCACGAUCAUCACCACCAGCAACAACAAAACUAUCACCAGCAGCACCAACAAUUGCCACAGCAGGAACGGUUUUCGUACAACCAAGCACCUCAACCCACACAUAUGCGGCACCAGCGACAACAACAACAACAGAACCGCCAACAAUAUUCUCAGAAGCCGCAGCAGCCACAACAACACAAUGCCGUGCCGUCACUUCCUCAAUCUAAACCAUAUCAAAAACAAGCAUUUGAAAGACCACUCUCAGCUAAACGGCAAGGACAGCCUAGGAGAAAACAAGAUCGGCUUCACAGCACGGAGCCUCAGCAGGCACCGACAACUACACCAACUCCACCGGUUGAGUUGCAACGCAGCCGACCGUCGUCGAACUCCAGAGCUUCAAGUGGAACGCGAACCCCACGAGGCUGUAACACAGAAGAAAGAUUCAACCGUCAAGGUGAUUCGGUAAGGUCGGCUCCGCGUCCGUCUUCUCCGCCUUUGCGGAGCCCGUACCGCAGCGGUGUUGGUGAUAGUGAUAUCAAUGCCGACUCGAAUGGGACUCCACCCGUUUCUGUUACUCUUUUACAGGGCACAGAUGGUGAUGGGUUGAAAAAUUGCACUCCGCGGGUUGCUUCUGCGUCUGCAACGCCUUUGCAAGCCUCAAUGACCCCUGGAGAGGCCAAUGAUGCAGAAGCGGCCAACGCACCAAGCAGUGCGGCUGGGGGGGAGUCACCUAGUAGCAAGCAAAUAUCUCUCAAGUGUGUGGUUCCUGCUCUCAAAAAGAACAUACCACUGAUGUUGGCCGAGGACGCCACCCUGGAUGACCUGCUGGUGGCGGUGGUAGCUCAAGAUCCGCGCUUGGCGGGCUCCAAGGUUAUCUUUCGCGGAAAGUUGCUGAAAGAGUCGCAUGUCAAGCUCAGCGUAGCCGGAAUUCGACCUGGUGCGCCUCCCUCUUCGGUGAUAUCGACGAAUCCCAACAUGGCUGGUGUGUACACUCUAUUCUUUGCGUCCGGAGAGUUCAGUGACCCUGAGAAGGUUAUGCUCUUGGAGAUCGAGGCGGAUGUAGCAUGCGUUGAGACGGAGGUAGAGCGUGGUGAGCUGACACUCCAGCAGCGUCGCGGGUACUACGAGGAGUUGAUGCGUAUUUUGUUUCGAACAGAUGAUCUGCAGGAACUCGAGGGCGAAUGGCGUGCGAGGCGAAAGGAGGUUGUGCUUAAAGUGACGAGUAUGCAAGAUAGGCUCAGGGUAACUGAAGACGUAUAA